AUGCCGAUAGUUCGCUCGAAAAGGCAAAUCAUUGCCAAGCACGACGGACUUUCAGCGGUGGUGGGCUUGGGCGACUAUAAAGACAUUUCGUAUUCGGUACGGUUGCUAAUUGGAAGCGAGGAGGUACCGGUGGUACUAGACACCGGUUCUGCGGACCUUUGGGUCGCCUCAAAUGCAUGUACGGCGUGUAGUGCGAAAGGGACGCAGGUGCCUCUGUACUCACAAUCCAGCCUUCAACAAAGUGGUCUGAUUGUCCGACUGCAAUAUGGCGAUUCGCGAACAGGAACACAUGCAUACGGUCCCAUAGGCCGCGACACAGUCGGAUUACUUGGGAUGACUCUCCCAGCCCAAUACCUCGCGGCGAUCAACGACACGAAUACAAGUGUCCUCGAUGCUGGGUGUGCAGGUAUAUUUGGCCUCGGAUUUCCUAUUAAUAGUUUUAUCUGGCACGAUGUUUACGUUCAGUCGCUAGACCCCAUGAUUCCCCAGCGCAGAAGCUCUCAGUUUCGUUCUCUCCCGUCGUCUACAGACCAGAGUACUUCCAUUUCACGACUAAGCUCGCGGCAACUCGCUGGCUCGACUGCUACUAAUGCUAUCCUUUCAUCACUACCUUCGACCGGGCCAUUCAUACCUCGUCUCGUCAUGGAUGGCGUGCUGAAGUCACCGAUGUUUACUGUGGCACUUCAGAGGGAUGCCGUGGAGGUGGGCGGUAACGCUGGGAUGUUUAGUGUAGGCGAGUUGCCUCCAGACUUGAAGCCGGAGAGUAUGACAUGGUCUCCUGUCCGUGGGUAUACCGUCGCGCAGAAAGGUUUACCACCCCCCAUUGAUUCGCCUUUCGAAACAUACCCGAUGACAUGGGAAGUUUUUAUGGACGAUGUCUACUUUGAUGGCGUAAAGCUACCGCGAUCAGCGUUACCAAGCCCAAAUAUCCAACUUUCCGCCUUAAUUGAUACAGGAAACUCUCUUAUUCGCGGCCCUGCAGACGUAGUCGCGAACAUCUUUUCCAAGUUAGGCUCCAACCAAUUUGACUGCUCAGUACCGCAUACCCUCGCAUUCCAGAUCAAUGGUACACUCUUCCCCGUCGACCCCCGCGAUUUCAUUUCUUCCGUCUCGCACGACUCUGCGGAAAAGUGCUUUGCCAAUCUUGUGGAGACAGACACGCCUGUAGAAGGAGAGAAUUACCUCUACAGUUGGAGUCUGGGGGCUCCAUUCUUGAAAGGCGUGAUGGCUACGUUUUACUACGGGAACAUAACAUAUCCGUCCCAGGAUUCUCCUCGUAUAGGCUUCAAGUCGACUGUUCCACCGGACGCUGGGGACCAGCUCAAAUCGACAGUCGCAGAGGCCCGUCGUACUGGCACUGGUUUUGCUGCUCUCGUUGAACCUGCUCCCUCAGGGAGCUUUAGCUCUGCCCGCAUUAAUCCCAGUCCACAAUCAUUUCCGUCUUCGUCCGCAACUGGCUCGCUUGCGCGGUCACCAUCGCCAACACCUGUGUCAACCACUACUUCGGGCGACGGCAGGGCCAGCAACAGCAAUUCAGCCACUUCAUUGACAACCGGGCUGUGGGCGAAAUUGGUGACACUUGAAUGGCAGACUCUAUUCAUCUUUUCAGGGUAUUUCGGACUUCUACUCGCGCAAUUCAUGACCUGGUAA